AUGGGUUUGCUAGACCUGCCAAUUUCUGACUGUAAGUUUACAUGGUUCAGAGGACAGUCAUGCAGCUGUAUUGACAGAGCUUUGGUUAGUUUGGAAUGGCUGGAGGCAUUUCCGGAGACUCGUUUGGGAAGCGGUUCACGGGGUUUGUCGGAUCACUGCCCUAUCAUAGUGGAAGAGAAAAGGCUAAGAAACGGACCGAAGCCGUUCCGAAGUCUGGAUUCGUGGUUUACUCAUGAAGGAUUCUUAAGGAUGGUUAAGGAGGAAUGGAAAGAGCUGGGAGAGGUACAAUUCACUGAUAAACUGAAGGCGUUGACGGUUCCUUUGGAAAAAUGGAAUAGAGACAACUUUUGUGAUAUGGACAAGAAAAUUUUGAAGUUUGAGGAAGAGAUUCAGAAGAUUGAUGACAUUGUCAGUAAUGGGAGUUAUGAUGGGACAGUGGAAGCAAGAAGAAAGGCGCUAGUUACUUGUUGCAGGAAAUGGUAUGUGAGGAAAGAAUUACAUUGGAAGCAGAUGUCAAGGUCGAGGCAUGCGAGGGACAUGGAUAAAAAUACGAGAUACUUCCACAACUUAGCUUCUGCGAGACGGAGAAAUAAUAGGAUUGAUACUUUAGUUAUUAAUGGAAGAUUGGUAAGGAAUCAAGCUAGGAUUAAAAUUGCCAUCAGGGAGUUUUAUAAAGACUUAUAUCAUCAAGAAAGGUCUCUUGAGGUGGGCUUUAGAGAUGGUCUGGUGGAAAGGAUCAGCGAGGAAGAUUCUCUUGCUUUAGAGUUGCUACCAUCACCCAAGGAGGUUAAAGACACAGUGUGGGAUUGUGAAUCGUCCAAGGCUCCAGGAUGUGACGGUUACAACAUGAACUUCAUAAAGAAGUGUUGGACUAAUAUAGGCUCGAAUUUCACGGUAGCGGUAUUGGGCUUUUUCCAAUCUUCAAGGUUGCCGCCUGAUGCUAAUGUCACAUGGGUGGCGUUGGCCCCCAAGUUUACUGGUGCUAAGGAAAUCAAAGAUCUGCGUCCGAUUAGUAUGGUGGGGUGUGUAUAUAAGCAUCGGAGUCCCUUGCAUGUACCACCACCCGCCGGUGACAAGGGAUCAGCAGUGUAG